GAAAAGACUUUAAUAAUUUUCACCAAGCUUCCCUGGAGGACUUACUUAUGAUGAAGUUUCGUAUAAAGUACAGAACUGUUAGUCGCACAGUCCAGUUGGAUGGGGAUGAAUCCGAGCUAACACUCUCCCAUAUGCUGGCCGCCGUAUCCAACACGUUCUCUGAUAUAUUGACAGGGUCAUUUUAUUUGAGUCUGAAUAAGAAGGAUUGCCUUGGUGAUGAUGACCAGACCCUAAAAUCCCUGGGGCUGGUGUCGGGGGACCUGAUACACCUAGUUAGCACUGACCCAGAUAAUGUCCAAGAAAUUCAGCAACCAGCCUCUGGGCAACAAAGCAACAGACCCCUGGGGUUGCCAGAUCUUGCCACAAGUUCUUCAAGCACCAGUGAGCAACCUUCCACAUCCAUACCAGGUCAACAGUUAGGCCAAACAUCCACAAGCAAACAUAUUGAUGAAAUGGAGGCAGAACAUUUCCAAAGUGGGGUAAUGAAUUUCCAAAGUGAGGCUGUGAAUCCGUUGGACCUGGCUGUUGUCACUCAAUGUCUCAGUGAGCCGAGACUGUGCUGCGAGUCCACUCCUGGCAGACUGCCAGCCCUGCUCACUGAGUUGUACUCGGACGCUCAGUGUAGGUUUUAUGAAGAGGCACUCUGUUUGGUUCUCCAUGUAUUGAUGUUGGAAGCGGGAUACCAGCCAAGUAUACUUAACUCGGUCAGCAGCUCUACAGACACACAGACAGACACAGACGGGAUGGGCUGUGGACCAGAGAGAAGUCAGGGGUCAGACUUAGGCCAGGGGUCAGACUUCUCUCCCACGCCUUCCUGGAGACGGCAAGCCCCAGCCUUCUACUGUCUGGAGUACACUCACCCCUCAAGUGGCCCCACUGUAUACACAGUUACAGCAGUCCCCAUGGGGGCCUCUCUUGUUGUGCAUGGACUUGUCAAAAUUGAUGAAAAUGUGGAUAAAUGUAAAUGUCAGAUUAAGACCAAGGACUUUGUACAGGAACUAGCCCCAGAAGCAGGUGCUUGUUAUCAGAACUUACCCCAAGUGUCUCGGAUAUUCAAGGAUGCUAUAUGCUUACCUCUACAGCAGAAAUACAGAGAGGCAAUGAAUUUAGUACCUCUUCAUGGAAUUCAAGCUCUAAGUAAUGAGUUAAAGCUAAAGAUUCUUGGUCACUUAGAUGUUCUGAGUCUGUUAACAAUGUCACAAGUCUGUAAAGAGUUCCAUGGACUCAGUAAUGACAGAUUUAUUUGGAGACGUCUUUUCUUGUACCACUUUGGUAAUCGAGCUCAGAAUGUAUUGAACCAGAAUUGGAAAGAGUUGUAUAAGGCAGAGUAUCGAAUCAGAAAGCAGCACAGGAAGUGGCUCAGUCAGAUGACCACACUCGUGCCCCCCUUCAUUCCCGCUGACCCGUACACCCAGCGGGUUCCUCCGCUGGCCCCGUUCAGUCCUGGAAUGAUCGGAGGGGAUUACGACCUUUACCCCCAGUUCCAUGGUGUGCCUAACCCUUUAUUUGGUCGUCGGGGAGGAAGAUUUCCUGACCUAAGGCCGCGGUUUGACCCGUUUGGUCCAGGACAGAAUUUCCCUCCAGGUCCUGGAGGAGGGUUUCAGGAUGGACAGAGAGGAGGUUCUAGGUUACAGGGCGGGUCAAGGUCAGGCAACUCAUGGCUCGGGGGAGGACCUAGGUGGUUCUAAUCAAGGGACGCUCAAUGAGGACAAUUAGCUCAUCAGACAGGUUCUCCAUGUUAUUGCUGUGUUCAUACAUGUAUGAGAAGAGUCUUAACUGUGUCAAAAACAACUCCAUGCACCGGUACAUAUUGAUUACUGGUACAAGUAUUUUUUUCUGAUUGAUUGGUACGUUACCAUGGAGAUUGAUCCUUGGUUGUACCAAGUAAGAUGUUCCUUUCUUGUUACUGUUGUUAAUCAUUAAAUAUAAAACAAGUUUAA